AUGGCUUCCGAACGUCUCGUUGACGGCGUGACCUACUACAUCAUCACCCUCAUGCCCGACGCCGACAAUCGCGCGCUCGAGGUCUACGGUGGCGGCGAACUCGGCAACGUCGGCAUCUGGAAGAACCUCCAACUCCCCAACCGCCAGUGGACGGCCCACCGCAUGGCCGACGGCAGCUGGUCCUUCAAGUACAAGCGCAACCCCAGCGCUUAUCUGGCUACCAACGGCAACAACAAGCAGCUCCGCGUGGCCGUGGUCGACCCUAAGAACGACGCGACCGCGCGCUGGAAGGCCGAAGAUCUGGGUGAUGGCUAUCUCAACAUCCAGGAGGCGAACAUGGCGCUCGACGUCCAGUCUGCGGCGACUGCUGAUGGGACCCCUGUCAUUUUGUAUGGUCGGCAUGGGAACCAGAACCAGCGCUGGAGGAUCUCGAGGGUCGCUGGUAUUUAG